AUGAAAAGGACCGUGGACGUGCUGAAUAACAUAAUAGAAGAAUCGGAAGAUGAUGUUAUAAUAAUAGGAGGGGAUCUAAACGCGCGGAUAGGCAAGGAAGGGUCAUGGAUCGCUCGCACAGAAGACGAAGAAGAAGAAGAAGACAACAAAAGAAAAUCAAAAGAUUACGUGGCAAAUAAAGAAGGGAAAGAAUUGAUUAACUUCGUAGAAGAAAAAGGGUGGUACAUCCACAACGGAAACGUGAAAGGAGAAGAGGGAGAAUAUACAUACAUAAGAAGCAGGGUGCAGUCGUUUUCGGAUGUGUUAAAUAACACAUUAUCGACCGGAAAUCUUAUUCCCUGGAUUUUUGGAUUCAGUAUAGGUCCCUUUUCAGCAGUAUUGUUGAAGAUUAAAAGACUUGUACUGCUUACAGGUAAUUGCAAGCAUUCUGUACAAGCUUCAAUUCUCUACAAUCAAAUUGACAAGAAAGAACAUGGAACAAUCACAUGGGACCAAUUUUUAAAUUUUGUAAUCGGAAAUUCCCCCACCGACUACCAACCCCCAUUCACCCUCAAUGUAGGGCGCAUUUUCAGUCCGCCCCACGUCAAGAAAGAUACGGUGUCCAAAAUAGUCUUGAUAGAAACAGAAAAAUAUUUCUGCUACGCGAUCAUAUCGAAGUACGGCCACGUUGGUCUUUACGAUGGUAACAUGAACUUCCAAACGUCUUAUCAUAUGAUCAUGGCUCGCGAAGAUAUCGACAGAAAGGAGAAGGAGAGGAGAAGAAGAAACCGAUGGGUUACCGAUGCUCUAUUCCUGAAGGAUGCGCUUCUGUUGUUAAUUGCGAGCUCGGCGAGGAGCGUUACCAUUUAUGACGCAUCCGGUUUAACCCAUGUUGCCUUGUGGUUAAUUUUAGGUCUUCCGAAUAUAGUUCAAUGUCUUGCUUACCAUUUCCAUCUUGUGAACGGAAAGUUGACGUUGUACAUGGGAGAUGAUUCCGGUCAGCUGCUCAGUGUGGAAUUUCUGCAGCCUAAAAAUGGAUUACUGCGCAAGAAGCAUAGCGAUAAGCUCAGUUUUUUUUAUUGGAUUCAACUGUACAACGAAAAAGAAUUUGUAACCAUUAGUCACUUAGGACGUCCACACCAUGACAGCAUUACUGCAAUCGAAUACUGUAAACAAAACGACACUAUUGUAACUUCCAGUAGAGAUGCCACAACGUCCGUUACAAUCCGUGCUGUAGAAAACCGAAGGCACAAUUAUUCCUUCCAAAUGCACCGAGGGGCCAGUUGUUUUGCAAUUAGUACAAGUUUAAAAGUUCUGAUUACUGGAAGUGAUGAUGGAACAGUCAGAAUUUGGAAUGUUGUCGUCAAAGAUAAGCCAAUUGCCACUCUUAAAGAACACCAAAAGGGUAUUGUCGACCUGAAAAUAGUUGAGCAGGAAGGACUAUUCUUCAGCCUCUCCAAAGAUGGGGUUUUUAAACUAUGGGCAAUUAAAGAGCAAAGAUGUACUCAAUCUCGGUGCCUGAAAUUUCCGUCAUUUCAGGUGCUGGGUAAAAGUAUAGAGUGGGGUUGUAAUUCUAUAUACCCGGGACCAAAGGUGAUUGUUCAAGAAAAUGCAGCGGACUCACGGACCAAUUCCGUAUGGUUGAGACCGCACUUACUUGUGACUUGCUGUAAUUAUAUAGCCCAACUCAUUGUGUCUUUCACAGAUACUUUGCGGGAUGUGAGUUAUACUGUUCUACCUCCACCACCACUCCAGAACAGUGUACUAAUCCCCAAAACUUGGAAAAUUGGAGUCGAUGUUAAAGAAGGACCUAAUCUAAAAACAGCAGAGGACGAGAUUGGCCAUGAAAUGUUCACCGAGAACACGAAAUCACUACAGUUUGUCCUGGACAAAAACCUCUUUCUUGAAAAUGAUGUUAAGAAUGAUAUCAAUUUUCGUUUGGCAUGUUUGGAACAGACGAAGUUAAAGAUGCACAUGAUGGUAUCCAAUUGUGCGCCUUAUCUUGCAUUGAAACUGCCCGAAAUUGAGGAGGUGAAAUUGUCAUCUAAUCUACCUAUUCCUAACAGUCGGAAAAUUAAAUCUCUGGUUGAGAGAACUCAACGUAUGCUUUCGGAUGCGGCUACCAAAACUAGAGUGUUUUUGGAGCAGUCUUCUAGUAGCCAUACUCAAUCCUCUCGUAGCAGUAUAGUGACCUUCGAAUAGACCUGUUUUAAUCGUUUCCACGAUUUCAAACUUUAUUUGGGACCAAUAAUAAAUUAACUUGAAAUCCAAUUAAUUAAUAAAGUUAUGAUGUAGUAAAGACAACUACAUCAAGGUCUCGUGCAAGGGAGAGUGAUUCGUUUAAUUACUGUAGAAUUGCUCUUGCGGAAAUGAUGUUUUCAUAAAAAAAAACUAUAAUAAUUAACUAUGUUUGAAAUCUAAAUGCAUUCACAAAGAUUAUGAUUAUACUUUCAAUUGUUUAAUUUACUAAUUUAUCAACAAAUGUCUUUAGUUGAUAAACUGCUUUAGUUUGUAGAUUAAAGCCUUAAUUUCCAAGAUCUUUGGGCGUUUUCCCAUCGAAAUAAACCUAGGAAUAACGAUUUUUUAUUAGUAUUAAGUCGAAUAGUCAGAGAAUCACUUAAUUUUCUCCUUAGGUGCCCGGAUUUUAAGCGCCGAAUGGUAAGUAAACGACCCAAUAUCUUAAAAAGUAUAGAAGUAACGAAGAAAGAAUUUUCCGUGCCUAAAAAGGUUUUAGAAUCAUAAUUUUUGAGGAAUUUUUCAAAAGACAAAUGAGCUUAAACCUUAAAUGUGAGAAUUUCGUGAACGGAGUAUCAGAAUAGGGUACUCGCAAAAGGAUAAUGAUAUAAUUGGUGACUAAACGUUUAUGUUAGUGGGGUCAAAACUUCAAAUGGGAAUAUCUCGAGA